UAGUAGAUGGGAAUUGUUUUGUUUUUGUUCCAAACUACGCAAACAAGGCCAACGCAGCGGCCGGAUGUAGCAGCAUGGGUGGUGUUCUAGCAAGAUUUAAAUCAAAGACGCAAUUAGAUGACGUCAUCACAGCUCUCGGCACUACGGCAUAUUUCUGGAUUGGUCUCAACGAUGAUGAUUCUGAUAAUAUCUUUGUGUGGGAUGAGACGAAUAUUGCGGCUGCGGAAGUAACUGUUGAUUGGUGGGCACAGGGUGAACCAGCUUAUGGCUUUCAGUGUGUUAAAGUGGAGGCUGUCUCAAGAAAACUAACUACCGAUUACUGUACUAUCCAAAGCUACUUCUUGUGCAUCGAGCCAAAUUCUGGUACGACAAAAUGCCCUACUACUCCCACUACACCUGAGGCUACAACCCCAACCACAACCCCAACCACAACCUCAACCACAACAGCAACAACAACUGUGGCUAAUACCACACACAUGUGCUUGGAAACCACCACAAAUGGCUCAGACGUGACCAGGAUGUCCUAUGUUAUUAUGUUCUUCAUCCUGCCCACCCUCACAUUUCUGCUAAAUGCCAUCUCACAACCGUACCAAAAUGCCAUCUUAAUAUAACCUAAGCAUAUGUAACAUCUAUGCUAAAUGCCUUCAUAAUAUAACCUAAGCAUAUGUAACAUCUAUGCUAAAUGCCAUCAUAAUAUAACCUAAGCACAUCUCAAUUUUAUGCUAAAUGCCUUGAUA